GUCUUGAAUCCCUCUGGCAGUCAUGUUAGCCAUGAAGACGACGAAUGUAAUGCGAUGGGCAAUCCCCAGCCUCGUACUCUCUCUGUUCACCAUUCUAUUCAUACAAUCCUCAUCCUCACCUCUACAGUCCACCGAUGCAUCACCUCUCCAGCGAGCGCAACACUGGAUCAAAUCACCCCUCCAACAAGUCAUCCAAGAACCCACCACCACAGUCACAACCACCGUCACAGCAACAAUAGCCGCAAUCUCAACCCCCAAAACCAAACCAAGCUACAUCCCCGGCAAAGCGGACCCCCACAAAACCUAUCGCAAAGCCCUGAUCGUCUCUUCCAUCAAAAAAGAAAACACAUCAUGGAUCGCUCAAAGCGUCCCCGACGUGGACGCCUACAUCUACGUAAACGACGACCCCGACGCCAUCCUCACCGUCCCCAAAAACAAAUUCAACGAAGUCAUGACCUACCUGACCUUCAUCAUCGACCACUACGACCGACUUCCAGAAAUCAUGAUUUUCAUUCACGCUCACGCCCGUACGCACCAUAAUCCCGCCAUGAUGGGCAUGACGGCCGACCUCGUCAAUAAUCUGAAUCCUCAGCGGGUGAUGCGCGAAGGGUACAUGAAUUUGAACUGCGGCGCGUGGAAGACGGGAGAGUGUACGGCUCAAAUGCGACCUGCUGAGGGUGUGCCGUUUGGAUCCCAUAUUGAGGCAUGGAAGGCUUUGUUUCCUGAAUAUCCUCUGCCGCAGAUUUUGGGAGGGUCGUGUUGUGCCCAGUUCGCGGUUUCGAAGGAACGCGUUCGGCAGAUUCCUUUGGAGACGUUUAAGCGGUGGAGGAGUUGGUUGUUGGAGACCAAGAUGGGUGGGAUGGGGUUCUUUUUUGAGUAUUUGUGGCAGUUCAUUUUCAAGGGUGAGCAUGUGUACUGUCCGGCGUCAUGGUCUUGUUAUUGUGAUGGGUUUGGGUUGUGUUUCGGUGGGGAGGCGGAGUAUUUGAAGUAUGUCAGGUUGCAGUCAGGCAAGGAUAGGUUGAUUCAGGGUGUUGACGAAAUUAAUGCGAAGGGACGGGAAGGCAUUGAGGCGAGUGAGGAUGGGAAGUACGACUUGCCAGACGCUGAGGCGAAGAGGCGGGUGAGCUUUAGGAAGGCGAUUGAAGAUAUCGACAUUGAGAUCAAGAGGAUGUUGACGAUUGCGAAAGAAAGGGGCAACAAUCCGAAGCUGCGGGCGGAAGAACUUGGGAGAAAAUGGGAAGAGGGUGAUGGCUUUAUAUGACCAAUACCUUCCGAAUGAUAUCCUUCAAUAGACUUCAAUAUGACUUUCUCCAUC